GAAAUACAAUUAAAACAACAGCCCCUCGAACUUUCUUUCUCUACGAUCUUCUCUACAUGUACGCUCUCCCUCCUCCGCCGUACAGCACAUGGCUAAAGCCAAGCCCGCCCGCCGUACCCUCGAUUCUUACACCGUUAAGCACAUCAACAAGACCAUCCGCCCCGGCGACUGCGUUUUGAUGAGGCCUUCGGACUCGUCAAAGCCGUCGUACGUGGCGCGCGUGGAGAAGAUCGAGGCGGACAGCCGUGGCACGAACGUGAAGAUCCACGUUAGGUGGUAUUACCGGCCGGAAGAGUCGAUCGGAGGACGCCGGCAAUUCCACGGCUCGAAGGAGUUGUUUUUGUCCGAUCAUUUUGAUAUUCAGAGUGCCGAUACUAUUGAGGGCAAGUGUACGGUGCAUAGCUUCAAGAGCUACACUAAGCUUGAUGCCGUUGGAAAUGACGAUUUCUUCUGUCGUUUUGAGUACAAUUCGUCUACUGGUGCUUUCAAUCCAGACCGAGUCGCCGUGUACUGUAAGUGUGAGAUGCCUUAUAAUCCUGAUGAUCUCAUGGUUCAGUGCGAAGGAUGCAGUGACUGGUUUCAUCCAACUUGUAUAGACAUGACCCAAGAGGAGGCCAAAAAGGUUGAUCACUUCUAUUGCCAUGAAUGUUCCUCUGAGGAUCAGAAAAAAUUACAUAAUUCUCAUGUUUCUACCAGAAAUGCUGACGCUAAGGUGGAUACAAAACGCCGUCGGAGGUGAUACACAUGAUAUGCGAGAAGCAGUGAAACCGUGUUUCGGUGCAAUGCAAACAAACACUGAGGCAGUAACGAGAAAUUGAAACUUCUGAGAUGUAAGAAGGGAACCAGUUGGGAAACUCUGUCUAUGUCUAUUUGCUUUGAAAGACAGUUAAGCUUGUUUCCUCUGAGGGUCGAGGAUGUGUUUGGUUGUGUGUAACUAUUUUAGAUUCUCCUUUCUUUUCCUAGCUUCUUUCUCUUUCUUCAAGGGCUCUUGUUGUAUUAUCCUGACUAAUUUCAACUUAACGAGUCAUAGAUGAGCUCUUUGAUGUAUGUAUAUGUUUGGUGGCUUGUUUCUAUGUAGCUGGAAUGAGUUAUAAAGUGUAGGCAUGGAGCAGCUCUGUAUUUAUCUCCUCUGGAGUUCUUUCAUCAUCUUCUCUGUUCAAGUUUCA